AUGAGUGCCGAAGCUCCUCACCCUGUUGACUAUGUCUACGAUCAAUCCGCGGAUAUGGAGAAAAAGCCAUACCAGGAGGACCCCGUGGACGACCCUUUUGGAAAUGAGGAAUCUGGGGAAGUGAAGUACCGGAUUAUGCCCUGGUGGCAAGCGGGAAUGCUCAUGGUCGCUGAAAAUAUCUCACUGGGUAUCCUGUCUCUUCCAUCGGCAGUGGCCACGCUGGGAAUUGUUCCCGCACUCAUCCUGAUUUUGGGCUUGUCCGGUAUUUCAUGGUACACAGGUAUCGUGAUGGGUCAGUUCAAGCAACGGUACCCCCAGGUGCACAGCAUGGGUGAUGCCGGAGAACUGCUCAUGGGUCCCAUUGGGCGAGAAAUCUUCUACGUUGGCCAGCUUUUGUUCAUUAUUUUCUUGAUGGCCAGUCACAUCCUCACUUUCUCCGUGUUGUUCAACACCAUCACCAACCACGGAACCUGCACCAUCGUCUUCGGUGUCGUGGGAUUGAUCGUCAGCUGCAUUGCAGCCCUUCCCCGAACAGCCGAGAAGGUCUUCUACAUGUCCACCAUCUCCGCCCUCAGUAUCUUGAUCGCCACCCUGGUCACCAUGAUUGCGAUCGCCGUGCAGGCCCCCGAUGACGUCCAAAACGACAUCACCACCGCUCCCACUUUCCAGGAAGGUUUCCUGGCCGUCACCAACAUCGUCUUCGCCUUCAUCGCUCACGUCUCCUUCUUCGGCAUCAUGUCGGAGAUGCAAGACCCCAAGGAGUUCCCCAAGGCCCUGGCCAUGCUCCAGGUCGUCGACACUACCAUGUACAUCGUCACUGCCAUGGUCAUCUACUGCUACGCCGGUCCCGACGUGGCUUCCCCGGCUCUGUCAUCCGCCGGUCCCAUAAUGAAGAAGGUCGCUUACGGUCUGGCCAUCCCAACGGUCAUCGUGGCCGGUGUCGUCUUCGGUCACGUCGCGUGCAAGUAUAUCUACGUUCGCAUCUUCCGUGGUGAGCGCUCGCACCACAUGCACCAGAAGAGUCUUCUGGCCACCGGUACUUGGGUUGCCAUCGGAUUGACCACUUGGACCGUUGCCUGGGUCAUCGCCGAGUCGAUCCCUGUGUUCAACGAGCUGCUGAGUUUGAUCAGUUCUCUAUUCGGAAGUUGGUUCAGCUAUGGUAUGCCCGCUAUUUUCUGGCUGAGCAUGAACAAGGGCCAGUGGUUCUCCAGCCCCAGCAAGAUCGCUUUGACCAUUGUCAACCUGAUCAUUCUUGGAAUUGCUUGCGCUAUUUGUGGCUUGGGUCUGUACGUCUCUGGCGUUGCGAUCAACGAGAGCUCCUCCAAGUCCAGCUGGACAUGCGCCAACAACGCCACCUAA